UAGAAAAGAAACUAAAAAAAUAGAAAAGAGACUUGAAAAAGAGAUAAUAGCGAGAAAAGAUUUAGAGAAGAAAGUAGUAGAAAAAAAAGAAUCAGGAAAAAUAAAAGGUGAACUAGAACAAGAAGUAGUAGAUGGUAGUCUUGCCAAAAACAAAAUUAUUGAACUGGCUCUCCAAUUAGAUGCCGGAAUUUUAAAACUACUUAAAUCUUCUCCGGAAUUACGGAAAAUAUUUUUUGUAGAAGUAGAGGAUAUUCUAGUUUUUGACAAAAUAAAGUUCCAAAACUUUAUCUCUAAUAAACAAUUUCUCCCCGAUAGUUUUACCCAGUAUAAAAAUAAAAUCGGAUUAGUGGCAGACCGGCAAUAUCUGGCUAAUAGUACUCCAGAUGAAAUUGACCGCUUGCUAACUCCCAAAGUUUUAACUAAUUUUCAAAAAUAUGAAGCGGGAAAAGAAGUGCCAAUGAACAAUAUUUCCCUGAAUGACAACCUAAUUAUCAAAGGCAAUAAUCUGCUUUCUCUUUAUUCGCUAAAAGAAAGAUAUCAGGGCAAAAUUAAGUUAAUUUACAUUGACCCGCCUUAUAAUCCGGAUAGUAAAUCGAAUACUUUUUGCUAUAAUAACACUUUUAAUGAGUCAACUUGGUUAACUUUCAUGAAAAACCGCCUGGAAGAGGCGAAAAAAUUAUUGACAAAUGACGGCUGCUUAAUUGUGGCGAUUGACGAAAACGAACAAGCGGAAUUGACUGUUUUAUUGAAAGAGAUUUUUAAAAACCACGAAAUUCAUGUCAUAGUUAUCGUUCACAAUCCCCAAGGUAUUCAAGGAACCAAUUUUUCUUAUACCCAUGAAUACGCUAUUUUUGUUAUCCCGCGAGGCAAAAAAUCAAUCGGUCAAAAGAAAGUUAAUUUAGACAAACCAGAUUGA